AUGUCUCUCCGGACAUUCAUCCUCAUUGUACUGUCCAUUGGCUUCUCAUCAGUCCUCAGUGAAGCUGCCACCACCAACCAAAUCUGCAAUGACAAAUCCACAACCGCCGCUAGCCACGGCGGUCUAGUCAAAAGAUCCCCUACGCAGAUUACCCACCACCGGCCUUACCCAACCAUCUCAUCAGGCCAGAGACCGUUCUGUUUCCGUGAACACAAUGACAGAAGCGGGUUCUUGAGUUUCGAUGCCCACGAGUGGAACAAGGCACUUGACACCCUCUGCAGUCAGACCACUCUCAGCCCAACUGACGGCUGGCGGGGCUAUGUGUCUCCAGAUGGGAUUGUGGCCUGGGGAGCAUAUGCGCGAGACCAGUCGGAUUGUUCGAAGAAAGCGGCUUUCGAUUUCACAGAGCCCUGUACGAAGUACAUGAAAGAUCUUGUUGAGUCGUGCGACGGGUCGACUUCGGUUGAGGGGUUCUAUGGUUAUGGUGGUGGUUUCAUUCAGCCUGGGCCUAGUGGCUGUAUCGAGUAUUAUAUUGCGAAGCCGUCGCUCAAGCCUACUUGA